AUGGAGGCUAUAUGUCUUGGCAGGCGGUGGCGCAGAUCACCAUAUCUCCAUUUUCGAACCCAAGCCCGCACCUCCAACUUUCAAGCAAACAUGGUCUGCUCAAAAUGUCAGAAAAAGCUCAAAUCCACGGAGCUCGCCACGCCCGGUGUCAAGCGCAAGAAUGAACUGUACUAUGGGUCCCCGUCUAGUACCCUCGGCGGUGGUGACAAAGGGAAGAAGGCAACCCUCGGUGCUACUGGAAUCGGCAAGAGCAAGCUUCUCAGCGCAAAGGCCAAGAAUCCUUACGCGGCUUACGCUUCUUCCUGUGACAACUGCAAAGUGAAAACUGAACAGGGCAAGAAGUUCUGUCAGCGGUGCGCUUAUCAGAGGAAUGCAUGCGCGAUGUGUGGCAAGAAUCUGGCUGGCAAGGCGGCCAAGGACCAACCCAUUGUCCAAGGACAGAAGUUCAACAUGGCAUGA